AAUGUCCCUCUGAAUGGUCGCCGCCGAAGCCAGAGUCAUCGGCAGGACACACCAGGCUGACUCCCUCCGCGGGUGACAUUUUCUCUCCUUUUCCUCGUUUUUCCGCCAUGGGGCUAUUUUCCAAGAGUCCAUCCAAGAACCCCAAGGACCAGGUCAAUGAGUGGUGCAGCAAGAUCAGGAAAGAAGGCUACGUCCUCGACCGCCAGAUACGAACCAUACAGCGCGAGGAGGAGAAGGUGAAACGCAGCAUGAAGGACGCAGCCAAGAGGGGCGAUAAGGAUGUGUGUCGCGUGCUGGCCAGGGAGGUCGUGCAGGCUCGGAGGACCAUCGGACGGAUUUACACCAGCAAGGCGCACCUCAACUCUGUGCAGAGCCAGAUGAAGGGACAGCUGGCCACCCUCCGCGUCGCCGGCUCGCUCCAACAAUCAACAGAGGUCAUGAAAGCAAUGCAGGAGUUGGUGAAGCUGCCGGAGAUUAGCAAAACGAUGCAGGAACUUAGCCGGGAGAUGUGCAAAGCUGGGAUCAUGGAGGAGAUGCUGGAAGAUACUCUGGAUACCAUGGAGCCAGAGGAGAUGGAGGAGGAGGUGCAGGCGGAGGUGGAUAAGAAUUGGGAAUACUGGUUCGUUGAGCUUCAGGCAGAGUGCACCAGCGAGGAGUGCUCCGAGGGCGAGGCUGAGGUGCUCUGGCAUGCAGGUGCUGUUCGAGAUCACCGCGGGGCAGCUUGGAGAGGCCCCGGAGAUGGUCAAAGACGCCCUCCCCACACCGGCCGGCGCGACAGCUCUCGGCCCGGAGGAGGAGGAAGAGCCGCCGGAGGAAGAUAUGGAGGAGAUGCGGACAAGACUAGAGGCAUUGCGGAGCUGAGUGGCGGAUGGGUGAUGGCGGCUGUAGUGGGGGGGGUGGUGAUGGGGGUGUUUGUGGCGAGGAGGUUCUUGUAGUGGUGGAAGAAAUGCGAAGGAAAGGAAAGAAGAAAAAGAGGAAGAAGAGGAGGAGGAGGAAGAAAAGAAUUACCAAGAAGAAACAACCAUGAAAUUAGAAAAAAAGAAGAGGAGGAGGAAGAAAAGGAGGAAGAAGAAAAAGGAAAUUAAGGAAGAAAAGAAUUACCAGGAAGAAACAACCAUGAAAUUAGAAGAAAAAGAAGAGGAGGAGGAAGAAAAGGAGGAAGAAGAAAAAGGAAAUUAAGGAAGGACAGAAUUACCAGGAAGAAGCAACCAUGAAAUUAGAAAAAAAAGAAGAAAAAGAGGAAGAAGAAAAAGGAAAUUAAGGAAGAAAAGAAUUACCAGGAAGAAACAACCAUGAAAUUAGAAAAAAAAGAAGAAAAAGAGGAAGAAGAAAAAGGAAAUUAAGGAAGGAAAGAAUUACCAGGAAGAAACAACCAUGAAAUUAGAAAAAAAAGAAGAAAAAGAGGAAGAAGAAAAAGGAAAUUAAGGAAGAAAAGAAUUACCAGGAAGAAACAACCAUGAAAUUAGAAAAAAAAGA